GCCACGACAUGCUUGUGUCACUGGCAGAUUUCAGAUAACGCUAGUUCCUUGAAUGAGUUCAAAAUGCUGCCUCUGCUGUUUUAAAAUUAGUCUGUUAGAAUCAUCUUGUAUCAGGCUCUUUAUGCACGUGAUGGCUCCACAUUAUGUUGCACCAAAAGACUGAAGCUAAAGCUCCAGGUUCCAGGCUGAAAGUCAGCUUUCUCACCACUUGAUGAACCAUCUACCGUCUAUUUGCCCGUUAAAGUCACGAGGCAAUGCUUUGUUGUGCUUUGUUGAGGACUAACCAGCGUGUUUGGCAAUCCGAACGCUAUCUUGGUUGGCGUUAUCGUUGGGGUAUCUGCUUGGUGAGGAAAUUGCUACUACACAGUGGAUAAAAAAAACUGCAAUAAAAACACUCCGAGUCCCUGCCCACCUGAUUGUUUACGCAACUGCUUCUUCUUGCAGCACUAUUUAAAACUCAAGUCCAAGUUUUCUCUUCAUGCACUCUCCAGUCCUACAGCUCUAUCUUUUUCAACUCGUCCCUCUUACUUCUGACUCUCAUCCUGCAAACAUGCCCACAGCUGGUAAGGUCAUCAAGUGCAAGGCCGCAGUGGCCUGGGAGCCCAACAAGCCUCUGGUGAUUGAGGAGAUUGAGGUAGCCCCGCCGCAGGCCAAUGAGAUCCGCAUCAAGAUCGUGGCGACCGGGGUGUGCCACACAGACCUGUAUCACCUGUUUGAGGGCAUGCAUAAAGAUGGCUUCCCAGCGGUCCUCGGCCACGAGGGAGCUGGCAUCGUAGAAAGCGUCGGGCCCGGAGUCACUGAAUUUCAACCAGGAGACAGGGUAAUUCCUCUGUUCAUCUCCCAGUGUAAAGAAUGCCGCUUCUGUAAGAGUCCUAAGACCAACCAGUGUGAGAAGGGAUGGGCUGCUGAUAGUCAUGAUGUGAUGGCAUUAGCAGAGUCCAGGUUUACCUGUAAGGGCAAGAAGGUGCUGCAGUUUAUGGGAACCAGCACCUUCUCUGAGUACACCGUGAUGAACCAGAUAGCUGUGGCUAAGAUCGACCCUGCUGCUCCUCUGGACAAGGUCUGUCUCCUGGGCUGUGGGGUCUGCACAGGAUAUGGAGCAGCAGUUAAUACUGCUAAGGUGGAACCGGGCUCCACAUGUGCUGUGUUUGGCCUGGGAGCUGUGGGCUUGGCCGCAGUCAUGGGCUGCAAGGCUGCAGGAGCCAAUAAGAUUUUCGCUGUUGACAUCAACCCAGAGAAGUUCGAGAAGGCCAAGGUGUUUGGCGCCACGGACUUCGUGAACCCCAAGGACCACAAUAAACCCAUCAGCCAAGUGCUGUCCGAGAUGACUGGCGGAGGAGUGGACUUCUCCCUGGAAUGUGUCGGGAACGUGGGAGUCAUGCGCAGUGCCUUGGAGUCUUGUGUGCAAGGCUGGGGUGUCAGCGUGCUGGUUGGCUGGACAGACAUGUACGACUUUUCUGCCCGACCCAUUCAGCUCAUCGCUGGACGCACAUGGAAGGGCUCCCUGUUUGGAGGAUUCAAGAGUAAGGAUGGCGUGCCUCAGAUGGUCAAAGCUUACCUGGACAAGAAGGUGAAGCUGGAUGAGUUCAUCACUCAUAACAUGACCUUGGCCCAGGUCAACGACGCCAUUGAACUGAUGAAGCAUGGAAAAUGCAUCCGGACGGUCCUGAGUGUUUCUCCACAGUGAGACCCCUGUGUUGCCUUCAGUGACGUCAGAAUCAUUUAAUGACCUGCAGUUGUACUGAAUCACAACACAGUAUUUAUGAACUCAAUAAAGAGAUCUAUCAAAA